UUUACAUCGUCAAUCUUUUACGCAUGCGUAGGGCUACGAACAUGCGCAGAAUACACUGUGGAGCUUGCACAGCGAAAUGAUGGCCUCCUCGGCGGCCCGAUGCUCCUCACGUUGGAUUUCCUUUGCGGUGUCUUCGGGCCACCGGCGGCCAAUAUCUGUUCUCAGCUGCCGUCUCAAUGAAGCUGGCAGGGUUGUGUCAAAUGUGGGUGGACGACAGCUAUGGACAAGAUGCACCGUUGUACGUGGGGGGACUACUAAAGGGUUGACAUUGACGGGGUUGUCAGGAGUGAGGACUCCUGUCAUUUCCUCACUGUCCUUCCACACAAGCUCUCAGGCUUGUGGAAAACAGGACUUCUACCAGGUCCUUGGGGUCCCUCGCACCGCUAGCCAGAAAGAAAUAAAAAAGGCCUAUUACCAGAUGGCUAAGAAGUACCAUCCUGACACCAACAAAGAAGACCCCCAAGCUAAGGAGAAGUUUGGGCAGCUUGCUGAAGCUUAUGAGAUCUUGAGUGAUGAGGGGAGGAGGAAGCAGUAUGACACGUAUGGCUCAGCUGGAUUUGAUGCCGGACAAGGAGGAGCCCAACAGCAGUACUGGAGUGGAGGGGGAGGGGGUGCCACUGGCGUGGACCCCGAGGAGCUCUUCAGAAAGAUCUUUGGGGAAUUUUCUGGAGGGCGUGGUUUUGGUGACAUCUUUGGAGACAACACCAUCUUUGAUCGUCAACAGGAGUACAUGAUGGAGCUGACAUUUACACAGGCUGCUAAAGGUGUGAAUAAGGAAAUCUCAGUGGCUAUUGAUGGCGCCUGCCAGAGUUGCGAUGGCAGAGGGAACGAGCCUGGCAGCAAAAUUGAGCACUGCCAUAGCUGCAAUGGCACUGGCAUGGAAACGGUGAAUACUGGGCCAUUUGUGAUGCGUUCUGCCUGCCGGCGCUGUGGUGGACGGGGCUCUGUAAUUGCUACACCAUGUAAAUCAUGCAAAGGGACAGGACAGACCAAACAGAAACGCACAGUUAUGGUGCCUGUUCCGGCAGGCAUUGAGGAUGGACAGACAGUUCGGAUGCCAGUUGGAAAGAAGGAAAUCUUUAUCACAUUCAAGGUCCAGAAAAGUCCAGUUUUCAGGCGAGAUGGGGCUGACAUCCACUCUGAUGUGCUGGUUACUGUGGCUCAGGCCAUCCUUGGGGGUACAGUACGGGCACAGGGGCUAUACGAGACCCUCAACCUAACGAUCCCAGCUGGUAUUCAAACCGACCAGCGCAUGCGACUCUCUGGUAAAGGCAUCCCACGAGUUAGUGGCUAUGGCUACGGAGAUCACUACGUUCACAUCAACAUCAAAAUUCCCAAGACGCUGACAGACAGACAGAAAGCUCUUAUUAUGAGCUAUGCAGAAGAUGAGACUGAAAUAGAGGGGACCGUCAACGGUGUCACCAACACCACAACAGGCAAGAGAUGGACAGGGAACUAAGGACUGUGAAGAAAUUAAUAAAUGUCUGCCAUAUGGACACGAUAAAGAAAGGAGGCUGGCUCCAGAGGAGACCACGUGCAAGGAUCUAGUAAAGGCUGACCAGCAGUCACACACCGUAUCAGCAGAAAGAGUAUCCCUCAACUACUUGUAGAGGAAUGCUCCAAGAUCCCUAAGGAAUCUAUUAGCAGUUGGAAGUGAAACUGUCAUUCGGGAAGUGAUAUUUUUUUUUAUUUUUUUUUUUAAAGGAUUUCCCCUAAAUCCAAGGAUAACAUACAACUCCAAAAACAAAUGUUAAUGCUUAAGAAAUUGAUUAGCUUCAGCCAAGGUAAGUCUAAUCUGAAAAUAUAUUUUUCCCGACAAUUCUUGAAGAGGAACACCUACAUGGAUUUCCCUUCUUAGAGCUCUGUGGACUGGGCACUGAAACAAACUUACAGGACACGUGCCUCGCACACUGCUCUAGAGAAGGCUCUGCCCAGUACCUCUUGGCUGCACAUAGUCAGCAGUGUACUCACACACUCAAACCACCUUGGCAUCCAAACUCUACUGCUGGUGGGAAGUUCUCAAACCUGUCAGUCAGUCAUCUCAAAUGCAGAUGAAUGGCAGGAAACUUCAAUUUGUGUCUUUUUGAUCACCUUGGCUUCCCAUUGUUCUCCACUUGAUCUGCCAUGCAAGCUCUGUAUAUAUAUCCAAGUGCUAAAACUGUCUCUGUAGAAAACAUGUGUUAGGCCUAAUAUUAAACAUUACAUGGAAUAAGAAAGUGAUGAAUUACCCAAUCCUGUCUUAAUGUUCAGAUACACAUGGUCACUGGGCUCAUACUUAAGUAUUUUCAGAUCUGUAUGUGUAUAAAGCUUAUUUGAGACUUGUAUAGAUCUAUCAAAUACCCCAACUUUCAGAAGUUGUUAAAUUCUACAUCAAGAAUGGCAUCCUCCAUAUGAAUGGCUUUUCCAACACACCAAGAUAUUUGAUUGAAAAUAAACACACUGACAGAUAAUACACUCUUAACACAGUUUAUUUCACAAGUAUACUUCUGUUAGCUACCAUGAAACUGGCAUUAACUUUAGGUUGUCACUUAAUGAUGCUAGAUUUCACAACGUGGAUGGAUCAGGAGAUUAUUGAACAGCAGCCUCAACAGCAGGCACACAUACAGUAAGACAUAUGUAAUAUGUUUCAAUCUGACUAAAUGUUAUGAAUCAAUUCAAAAGCAAAAUAAAAGUCUGAAAAUGA